AUGCAAUCCACAUCCCUACGAUCAGUUCAACGACGCUCUCCAGCCGCAGAUUCAGGCCCACCACCGACAGUAUCUGCAAGAUCGAUGUCUCCAGCUCCAGGAUCCCAGCCGCGGGCAUCGUCGUCGUCCGCCAAGUCUACUGCAAAUGGGAGUUUGAACCGAAGACAGAACGGAGGCGCAACUUCACAAAGCGGUCAGAAUGCUCUUCCGCUGUCCCAGAUCGAGAAGAGCGUAACCCACCUCCUUGUCGCGACGAAGCAACUCCUCGAAACCCUUACACAAUGGUCUCGUCACCAAGCUACCGACGCGCAGGUCUCAGAUGUAUACGUGCGGCUAGGCUACGAGUUCAACAUAGCAUGCAGAGCCUUCACGGCCAUCAAUGUUGAUACCUCCGACCUAGGCAAUGUCCCAGAGCUUCUACGUCAUAUUCUUGAAUCCACGCUCAGCCAGGAAGCAAGCGUUGAGAGCUUGGAAAAGUACCUUCCUCGCAUUAGGGACAUCAUCAUCAACCUUCUACAAGGCUUGAAAAGAAAACAACAGAAGUUACGGCAGAAGCAGCCAAGAGAUGGUGCAGUUUCCAAUGAGAUGUUACCCCGAAAUAGCAGUGUAAGUAGCGUUGGGAGUGGAAAUUCGGGUCUCAGUACCCUGCUGGACCAGGGAAUAUCAAACAAUUUCCAAGGAGAUGGAAUGCAGAAUAGCAGAAAUAGUGGAGCCUCGAACGAAGUCAGCGCGCCCCCAAGGAUGUCUUCACAAACCACGCGCAGAGGCUUUCCAACGCGAGAUCAGUCCCGCGAGUCGAUGUCUUCAGACCAAUCAACAAUAUCCAGUACAACGAUGCAGAAUAUGCCUAUUCUACCACCGUAUCCAGGGGAUGAGGCUCCAACCCCCGCACGCCCAGGCUCAGGUGAACUCAAUGUGGACUCAUUUCCACCUCCACCUCCGCCGCCCAAACAGCAGAAUGCACUAGCAGCUCUCCAAAGAGGCGGGGAGCUCGAAAGGAGAGCCUCCAGGCGAUACUCGGCAUACCAGAUAGGGAAACACUUAGGUGCACCUUCUAAUGGUGUACCUAUGCUUCCGCCACCUCAGAACUCUCCUAUUCCGAAUAGAGGUCGGAACGAUACCCGCGAAUCUAUGAGGGCAGUUCAAAACCGAGGCGAACGCCAUGCACGAAACGCCUCACGUCUAGUCACUGAGAUCUCACCAGCGCGUGUUCCAAGUCAAAUAUUGGAAGAUGGUUCCAAACCUCCAGUGAUGACGCCACCUGAUGAAGCAGCACCUGACGAUAGUCCUCUCGUGAAGACUCCGGACGACAAAUUAAGGCAAUCAAUUGUCGAUUUUGAAUCGCCGUUACCAAGUGCCACGUUGCAGGGACCGCCCAGCGAUGCACUUCCGUUCCUCCCUAUGCAUGAUGAACCUUCUAAUGCUCCUGAACCGUCAAUGCCCCAGAAGGUUGCGGAUACUACCAGGGAAAGCCCACCUUAUCCAAAGCAAGAUAAGCAAUUCACGCCAGAGCAAUCGCCGCCACUUGGUGACGAAUUGACCCUUUUCUUGCAAUACAAAACAAAGGUCAAGAAGUUCGUUUUGGCAAGUGGGUAUAACGAUUUAUCAAUGGCAAGGCUUCAACUUGCAUUCAUAGAGAAAUUUGCAUGGAAUACACACAACAACGGAGUUGACCUUCCUGAAAUCUAUAUACAAGACCCGGUCUCUGGCGUGCGCCACGAGCUUGAAGAUCUGAACGACAUCAAGGAUCGUUCCGUACUAGUUCUGAACAUAGAGCAACUGGACGAAGUCAAACGCCACAUUGACGAGCGAAUGGGAGUAUUAACGAAGUCGGUCGACGGCUUACACACCAUGAUGAGUGACUCGCAAAAUAUUUUCCAGCAAGUCUCAGACCGCCAGCUAGACGCUGCAAAAGAAAUAGGUCGUUUAGCCACAGGACCACUCGCACCCUCUCGGAUGUCUUAUUCUGACAACCAACGAACUAAUGGCGCUCUCAUCAGCCCUUCGAAGGUCAACAGCCAGGCUCAGCUGACCGAGAUUCAAAGCCUUCGCCGAGACCUUGCAGUCCUUCGACAGACUUAUUCCAACUUCCAGUCGGACAUCCAGAAAUCGAUGACCUCAGUCCGCUCGAAGGCAAGCUCUGUUAAGAGUGUGGCGGUCAAGGCUGCUAUCCCAGAUAUCAAGGGCGACUCUGGUCGUGCUUAUGUCAACGCUGGGAAGCUCAGCAUCAGUAGGGACUCCGACAGACUUGUCACCCAGGUGGAUGAUCUCCAAGACAUAGUGGAAGAUCUCCGUAAAGACGUCGUUCUGCGAGGUGUCCGCCCUCUACCCCGCCAACUUGAAUCUGUGGCCAAAGACAUCGCUCAAGCUACAAUGGAGUUAAAGAAGAUGGAAGACUUCCUCAAACGCGAGCGGCCGAUCUGGACCAAGAUUUGGGAGAAAGAGCUGGACCGUGUCUGCACCGAUCGUGAAGAAUUCACGAUGAUACAAGAUCUCGCCACGGAUCUUGAAGACGAUCUUGAGAAAGCUACGCAGACUUUCGCCCUAGUGGAGCAAGCUACAAAAGAACAGUUGAAGGAUGCUCCUUCCGGCUCGAUCGCAUCGAAAAUCCUCACAAGAGGACUCAACCAUGUCACACCAGUUGAUUCUGCUCUCGCAAAAGAGGGUGUCCUGGGCGAAGUCCGCGCAUUACAGCCCAAUCACGAGAACCGACUCGAAGCCAUUGAGCGAGCAGAGAAGCUACGCCAGAAAGAACUCGAAAGCCGACGAGGUGGCGAGUUCCAGAAGGAACUAGGCAACUUUGUUGAAGAAGGGAAGUUGAAGAAAGCGGGUGGAUUUGAGGAGGUUGAGAGGACGAGAAAGGCGAAGGAUGAGCGGAUACGGAAAGAAGUCUGGGAGAGGCAGAACGGGAUGACGCAGGCUGAUGCCCUUGCUGCUGAACCUGAUGAAGACGAAGAUGAAGACGAAGAAGAACCCACUGCUGAGGAUCCGGUUCCUGGGCAAGCGGUUGCUGAGGCGGGUGCGCCCGUCCCAGAUUUUUAG